CUUCAAAUGACCCUUGUUCCAGUUUAUAAAUUUAAAAUAUGAUCUAAACUACUUGAUCGUUAAUAAAAUCUAAUCAAAAAAUAAAUAAGAAUAAUAUUUAAAGUGAUUCACUUAUAAUAAUCUUACUUUAAAUUUAUUCGAGAUCAAAUACAAACAAGAAUGUUAAGUUUUUUCAUAUUAACCUUUUUUACAACAGGUCUAGUUACUUCAAUCAAGCAAUCUGAGUUGAAUUUUGGCUAUAAAGAUGUAGCAUGCAACCUAUUGGAAUUGGCACAAGAGAAAAGUUUACAAAUUAUGAAAGAAGAACAAUUCACCAGGACUAUCAUUGAAUAUAUAUUGUCAAUAACAUGUGAAAAUAUAAAUGAUAUGAAUAAAAAACUUCAGUGCAAACAUUCAAUGGUUAGUGAAACAAGAACACUCCUAAAAGAUUUCAUUGAAUUCGUCGAAUCCAAUCGUUUCAAAACAAUGGUGAAUUGGUGUCAGUCCACAUUGGAAACACCUCAACAUGGUAAUUCCAGCUUUUUGUGUUCAACAUGUGAAAUGGCUGUAUCAUAUUUGAAAACUUUCAGUAAAUCUGAAGAAGCAAAAUCAUUUGUACAUCAAGCUCUUGAUAAAAUUUGUUCACUAACUGGAUCUUUUCAAGUUCAGUGCUCAUUUCUAGGAGGAAUGUUCAUUGACAAAUACAUUGAUACAAUCUCUAGCAUGGAUCCAGAUUCGGCUUGUAUGGUAAUUUAUUAUUUUUAGAAAAAUAAUAUGAAAACAUUGAACACUUUUUUGCUUGAACACAAAUCUUAGUAAAGUCAUAUUUAAAAGGAAUGAAAAACUAUUUUACACACUUUUACAAGAAUUUCAAUCACUGUAAGUAGUUAGUGUUUUUUAUAUCUACAGAUGGAUAGUUUUUCUGAAUGAAAUAUAACUGACACUGAGGUAUCAUAAAUGAUUUUAUUGCUGAUUGUAUAUACAUAUAUAUAAACAUUUAAUUAUAUUCGUACUAUUCCGCUUGAAUAAGUACCUACUGCCAACAUAUAAACAUGUUAUUAGGUCACUAAACCCUGUAGGAUUGUGAUAAUUGCCGCUUAUCAACCAUAGCACUAUCAUUACUAGUAGUGAAUAGGGUAAUAUGAUAUUUUACCAUUAAAUAUUUUUGUUUUAUUUAAUGAAGGAAUGUCAGUAAAUAUAAAUACUGAUUGUACUAAAUUCUAAUAUCUAUAGAUUACAUGUUACUAUAAUAAGAAUCACUCUGGUUAGUUUGACACUUUUUAUGAACGUAUUUUGCGAAGGAACUGUAGGAUAAAUAGGUAUAUGUUAAGGAAGAAAGAAUGAUUUCCAGAAAUUCCGAUUAUUUAUUGUCUGAUACGAUGAAACGAUAAUUUUAGAUCUUCACAAUUUAACAUAUUGAAAUGUAACUACAAUAGACAUUUAUUACUCAUAAGCGAUAACCGAACCAAGUAAUCUAUUCAGUACAGACAGUGUGUUGUGUGCUACUUAUGUCGACAGAUAUAAGUAGUAUUUAACAUCAAUCGAAAGUGGAAUGCCUGACAGUAGAAGGUUGAAAAGAUUGAAUAGAACAGUACGGAAACAGAGAGUGGUUGGUAUGGAAACGAAGGGACAACAAAGUCUAGGACAAUUGAUGAACAUUUUGCAAAUGAGUUAUUGAACAUAUAAACAAAUAACUCUGUAACUCUUUGUUCAAAUACAUUUGGUUGUCCCGUUUACGUCCCCGUUCACUACGAUAGUUUACUGAAAAAAAUUCGUGCAAAACGAAACAAAUACUCAGUUGGAUGAAUAACUUUGGAUUUUGCAGACUUUCAUUCCUUUACUUCAACGUAGUAUUUUUUUUACAAAUUUAGAGUAUCAAACUGAUUACAUAACAUUUACUGACUUCAUUAUAUAUGUCAGUCGAUUUGUGAUCGUUGACGUCGACGUUAACUAAUUGCAAUGAAUCUCAAAUGUAUAUUUAUGCUUUGUUUUUUUAAAUUUUCAUGUUGUUUUCAGACAAUGCACAUGUGUUUAUGAAAAUAAAUACGGUCAACUUAAAUAUGUAAAAGAAGAUUUCGGUUUAAUUGAAAUCGAUUUUAUUACUAAAAUUAAUUACUUUAUGUUUGUAAAUUUAAUACACCAUUUAAACAAAGUUUUGAAAAAUACUUUUAUUAUAUAUAUAUACAUGAAGCAUUAAAAUAAAUCGUAAAAACAUUAUUGGUUAAAUGAACAGU